AACUUUUUACAUUCAAAAUUAUUAUUUAUAUUUUACAUAUAUUAUUGCUAUAAUAACUUAUUUACUUUAAACCAAAUUAAUAUAUUACAUUGGAAUUGAUGUAGCAAUGGGUAUAGCCAGCAGCAAAACCUUGUCCACUACGCUCCACAACUGCACUUUAUGGAAGGUAGAUCGAAGUCCCGCAUGUAGAUCGGUGAUGAUGGCUUUAGAUGCUAUGAACUUGAGUCUAACCGAAGUAGAUGUUGAUAUUGAUAAAGACGAGCAUAAUCUACCAGAAAUCGUAGCCAUGAAUCCUUUUAAAACCUUACCGAUUUUAAAAGAUAGAGAAUUAAUUCUACGCGACAGCCAUGCAAUUAAUUCAUAUUUAGCUUUGCGGUAUGACGAAUCUGAUAAAAUACUGCCUCAAGAUCCAGCUGGACGUUCGUUAGUAGAUCAGAUGUUGCACUACGAUAGCGGGAUUCUACAACCACGCUACUACGUUUCUGUGUAUCCAAUUUUAUACGAAAAUUGCCGUUAUGUAAUGCCGCAACCAAUUGAAGAUAUUGAAAAAUCCUAUCAAGAUCUUGAAACAAUGUUGACUGGACACUCGUGGUUCAGUGGCUCCUGGUUGACUCUCGGUGACAUCACAGCUGCAGCUACCGUUAGCACAACAAAUGUUCUUGUUCCAAUAGACAAGCAAAGGUUUCCAUUAUUAUCAAACUGGCUGUAUCGAAUGUCUGAACAAUCAUUUUUUGUAACGGCAAACAAAAAAGGACUAAACGAGUUUACAAACAGAAUAGAUACAGGCAAAAUUUCAGGGCUAAAUGAGUUUAAAAAAUGCCCUCGCAGUUCUUUAACGCGACGUUCUACAGGAGGAACAUAUUCUGAAACAUAGUCAUAUUUAAAUAAAUAAAAUAAAAUAUUUAUUUUAA